ACCAGCAGUAUUUAACUUGUUUGAAGGGAACACACUUGCAAGUGUCUCCUGUUGACAAGACAGAUUCUCCUGGUAGUUCACACAAUGUUCAAAAGGCACAAGUUCCUUGCUUCAGAACGCAGGAGAGAAUUAAUUUCCCCAGGAGCUACACGGUCCAUACUGAAGAAUGACCUGAGAAAUUUUCACUCUUUGUCGCAAUUUAUACUUUCAGCAGGCCCUCUAAAAUCAAUUCCAGCAGUUAAACAUUCAAAAACUACUCACUUUGAGAUUGAAAUACUUGAUGCUCAAACCAGAAAGCAGAUAUGUAUUGUGGACAAGAUGACACAAAAAUCUACUAUUCAUGACGUGAAACAAAAAUUUCACAAAGCAUGUCCAAAGUGGUACCCUUCUCGAGUGGGACUGCAGCUAGAACGUGGUGGGCCCUUUUUGAAGGACUACAUAACCAUUCAAAGUGUUGCAUCUUCCUCCAUUGUCACACUUUAUUUUACAGACCUAGGUCAACAAGUCAGUUGGACUACAGUAUUUUUGGCUGAAUACACAGGACCUCUGCUAAUAUAUCUCCUCUUUUAUUUGAGGAUCCCAUAUAUAUAUGACAUGAAAGACAGCUCUAGAAGAUUACGUCACCCAGUGGUACACUUGGCCUGCUUCUGUCAUUGUAUACACUAUAUCCGAUACCUUUUGGAAACCUUAUUUGUUCACAAGGUUUCUACAGGACAUACACCUUUGAAAAAUUUGAUAAAGAGUUGUGCCUUUUAUUGGGGAUUCACUUCUUGGAUUGCCUACUACAUUAAUCACCCACGGUAUACACCACCAUCAUUUGGAAACAGGCAAGUCACAGUAUCUGCUAUCAAUUUUCUGAUUUGUGAAGCUGGAAAUCAUUUCAUCAAUGUAGUGUUGGCUCAUCCCAAUCACACAGGAAAUAAUGCCUGUUUUCCAAGUCCAAAUUAUAACCCCUUUACGUGGAUGUUUUUCCUGGUUUCAUGUCCUAACUACACCUAUGAGAUUGGAUCAUGGAUUAGUUUCACAGUCAUGACACAAACAUUGCCAGUUGGGAUUUUUACACUUCUGAUGAGUAUCCAGAUGUCUUUGUGGGCACAAAAGAAACAUAAGAUUUAUCUGAAGAAAUUCAGUUCUUAUAUGCAUAGGAAAUCAGCAAUGAUUCCAUUUAUAUUGUAAGAAAAAAUAAGUGAUCUUAUCUUAUAUACAGAAAGCAGUAUAUAAACUCACAAAAUCAAACUUGAUAAAGGAUAGUUGCCUAUUAUGCUCCAGAAAUUCAAAAACAGUAUUUUUGCCUGAGUAAAAAUACAAAAUGGUAGAAUCUAGCUGAAUUUAGAGUAAUAAACUUGAGGUAAAUAAAAAGUAGAAAUUAUCGAUAUAACUAAUGGUAAAUAGCAUCCAAUAUGUUUGCAAGGGACUGAUCCUUGAAUGAGAUGUUCUUACUGCAUUAAAUAUUUUGUAACUAUUUGCUUAAAACCAUUUAGAAUAUCUGAAUUCUUAAAAGUAUUUUUAAAAGUUGUAACAUUUAAAUCACUUGAAUUUUACAUAUUAUUUUGAUAGUAAUUUAAUUUUUUUCUUUAUUGUUCAAUAUGUUAUUGAGAAAUAUCAAGUGUCUUAUGUCAGUAGUUCAAUUUCCUAUAUUAAAAGUUAAAUAUUUUUAAUU